UUUCGCAGUAUAUGUCGCUUACAAUGCCGGAUGACCUCGACCCCCCGCGACGCCAAAAACGCCACCGCGCGUGCGGCAAGACCCAAAGAAGCAACCCGCCUCACCAACUGCAGGCCCCACAUCAACCGCAGCCAUUGACCCUCCCUCCACCCUUCUUUGACUCCAGCCUUCAGAUCUUACUUACCGCAGACCCAGUCGAUGCAUCCUCGCCAUCCUCCAUCUGGCGCCAGCUUGCGACUGCAACCGGGUUAUCCCUGCUUCAGACAAAAGCUUACCCACCCAUCCCGGAGCCGUCGCACCCACUCCCAGAAGCAGCACCUGAGGGCUGCAGACGCAGCCUCCUGCGUCGCGGCUACGCUCGGCUUCCUACCUCCGAAACCAUCUGGGGCGUCCCUGGAGCGCAAGCCCAUGCCCGGUUGUGUCAGCGGCUGGCAAGCGCAUGUACGGCACUACGUCGGCUGGGGUGGCACCUUGGCUGGCUGCUGCUGUACGACGAGCCCUGGCUGCUGGCCCGGAUGUACGGCAGGUUUCUGGAGCGGCUGUCGGCGGGGCGGCUGCAGCUGAACCCGGACUUUGUGUUCUUCCAUGUGGAGCCGGGCUCCCGCGGCUGGCCGCCCCACCGCGACCGCCCCUCCAUGCCCUUCCUCCCGUCCGCCGGCCCCGGCCGCCUUCCCGCCUACAUCACCUUCUGGAUUGCCCUCAGCGCCGCCACACCCGAGCAAGGCUGCAUCUACGUCCUACCAGCUGACCUAGACCCGCUGAACGACAGCAGCUCCCUGCCGCCACUCCCCACCGCCACUAACCACGCCGACGACACCGCCGCUACAUUUACCGUUCCAGCAAUGGAUGAAAGCAACGAAGAGUCUGCACGGCGAGCAGACGCUGGGCAUGCACUUUCUCAGAAGGACCGCACCACCACAUCUGAUGAGAUUGAUGUUGCCGUACAAGCCGACCUGUCCGUACAUGACCUUCAGGCGGUACGAGCGCUG